CCCCAUCUGGCUCAAAUCCAUCCAGCUCCAGCUCCAGCUCCUCCUCCCACCGGCAGAUCCAAAGAUAGCGCCACCGGGCCUCCAUAUUUCAGACAGAGCCCCUCUCCCUCCUCCUCCUCCCUCCCCGUGGAGCUCCAAGAAUCAUCCGACGACAGCAGCGGCCAGGCCAUUGAUUGAUCGUUGGAUGGCGGCGAUGAUGGUGGCGGCGAGGCAGGGGCGCGAGCUGCAGCGGUACAGCGCCAGCACGGGCGGCCGCAUCGUCGUGGGCUGCAUCCCGUACAGGGUGCGCGACGACAACGGCGAGGUGGAGGUGCUGGUCAUCUGCUCCCGCAAGAAGGGCGCCAGCGCGGGCGUGCUGUUCCCCAAGGGCGGGUGGGAGCUGGACGAGUCCAUGGACGAGGCGGCGCGCCGCGAGGCCCUGGAGGAGGCCGGCGUGCGCGGCGAGACGGGGCAAAGCCUCGGCCGCUGGUGCUACCAGAGCCGCAGCUACGAGGCCACCUACGAGGGGUACAUGUUCCCGCUGCGCGUCACCGACGAGCUGGAGCGCUGGCCCGAGAUGUCCGGCCGCGGCAGGACCUGGGUCACCGUGCAGGACGCCAUGGACCGCUGCCCGCACCUCUGGAUGCGCGAGGCGCUCCAGCGGUUCGCCGACCGCGUCGCCGACGCCGCCUUGUAGGCGCUUCUCCUCGAUCGUUCUUCUCGCCGGGCGUGCCUGCAAGUGCAAAGGUCUCCCCGCCCUACGGUUUGUGCCGGCUGGGCUGGGCUCGGCCGCGCGGCGCUGUGGCACUAGCGGUCAGGUCACAGGAACCAGAGCAUUGUACUGUGACUCCUGUACAUUCUUUGCUUGGGAUUCGACCGGGCAUGUAAUCUCACCCACUUCGCCUAAUGUUUUGAGAUCAUAAUAUAGGGACUGCUAGCCAAGAACCAUAACUCGGUUUAUUGGAGUCAGAAUGACCCAUUUUUUCUCUCCAUCAAACUGACUUGAGUCAAAUACAUUUAAAUUUUUCA